GUCUCGCUCUGUCGUGUGUAACAAAUGAGAAUGAAAAUGCUGAGCAGCAGUGUAAACCAACAGACCUAUUUCCAUGUGAAAAUCAUGGCGGGAAUUCAAAGAUGUCUCCACUUAGGAGCAGACGUGCAUCCAUAAAGAGGUCAAGAAAUGUUUCCUCAGUGAAACUUGAAAUAAAACUUGGAGAAUCUGAUGAUGAAUGUGACCUUGUCAUUGAUAUGCCACCAGAAAUUGUUAAUAAAAAGCAAAGAAUAAGUGGGAACUGUACAAGAUGGAAGAGGGGCAAAGAAGUGACUGCUGUAACACAUGCAGGAAAAUUACGUGACAGGGCUGUAGCAGACAUUCUUGGGUGUACAGAAGAAAAAACAGAGAAAAUGGUCAUUUUGCAGAAGAACAACAAAGCUCUAAAUAAGUCUGAACAACUAGGCAAUGUUCCUCCAAAAGCAAAUGAGAUUUAUUUGCCCAACGUAAACCCUGAUAUAUUGAAGGUUUUGGAGGAAAUAGGUAUUGAUAAUGACGACAAACAUGUAUCUUUAUCUGCUUCUAUUGAGGCAGACACACAGAAGGGAAUUCUGAAGCAAGGCAGUGCAGAAACCAGUACGGUCAAAACAUUCGUUCAAGCACACACUACUAAUGAAUACUGUGUGAGAAGCAGAAGAGUAGCACAGUCUGUCUUGUGUACUGGUCACUCAUCAAAAAGUGAAACCACAAUUAAAAGAUAUUAUAAGCAAAUAAAAAAUACAGAGGUAAGCCAGAGCAUAGAAGAAAACGUGGGUAAUGAUAGCCCAGAAGAUACGUACCCAUAUCCAACUAAUGACUUAAAGAAGAAAGAAAAUAAAAUAACUCUGAGAUCAUCUGCUGAAGAAGCAGGACCCAGUGGGGAAGACACAGAGCUCUCUGAAUCAGAAGAUCCUUUAGAGGAGUGUCGGAGAAUUUUUGAUGAGUUUGAAAGAGAAGCACAAAAGAAGGGUGGUGAUAAGCAGGCCCAUGGAGGAAAUGUGGGUCUCAGUUCAUCAGAAACCAAAGCAAAUAUUCCUGGACAAAAGAGAAGAAUUGCACACACAGCAAAGUUUGAUGUUUCUAUUCAGAAAAGGCUUUCCAGUCCAGAAUUAGGAUCCAAAGUACCACCAGAGACAAGACAGCGAUAUGUCGGGGUUUUCUUUGCAGAAUGCCUCAAAACUUGUAGCACAGCGAAUGAAGCUAUUGACAAGGCCAUGAUAGAAGAGCAAUCUGUUUAUGACCGUUGUGGCAGUAAAAAAAUGUACCUGAAUUUUGCUGUGAAGACUCUCAAAAAGCUGAGAGAUCAUGGGCAACUUAGUAACAGCAGAUCUUCCAGUGGCUCUGGAUCCAUGAAGUCAGAGGAAGAGGAAGCAUUUACAGGUGGAGGUCUAUAUGAACAUUUAAAAGUUUAUCUUCUGACUAAGGAACAACUGAAUGAAAAUAACUUCCCUCGACCAAAUCCUGAAAAAAAUGGUAGUGCUAUAUUUGCUGGGGCUGUAAGAAACUCUGGAUAUGAUGCUUUCAAGAGAGUGUGCUGUAGGUGUGGCGAAGUAUAUGCUGUUACUUCUUCAGGAGAACAUAAACGUAAAGAAGAAUGUAACUAUCAUUCUGGUAGAGUAUUGGAACACAAAGUUCCCGGUGGCAUGGAAAAACGCUAUAGGUGUUGUGAGAGAAUAGUUGGGUCUGCUGGAUGUCAGCUUGCAAAGCUUCAUGUUCAUGAUGGGAGAAGGGAGAAAUUGGAAGGCUUCAUGAAGACAUUAAUUAAAUCACCGCCUUUUGAUGGAAACUAUGGUGUAUAUGCUCUGGACUGCGAGAUGUGUUAUACAACCUAUGGCUUGGAACUAACUAGAGUGACAGUGGUUGAUGCUAAGCUACAGGUUGUCUAUGACAAGAUUGUUAAACCAGACGGUGAAGUUGUCGACUGUGAUAUAAGACUCUCUGGAGUAACAGAAGAUGAUCUGAAGAAUUCCAAAACAUCUCUCAGGGAUGUACAGGCAGUACUGCUAAACUUGCUCAGUGCAGAUACAAUUUUGAUUGGAUACAGCUUAGAAAAUGCCUUAUUUGCUCUCAAGCUAAUUCAUGAUACAGUAGUGGACACAUCAAUAGUGUUUCCUCAUCGGCUAGGUUUGCCUUACAAAAGAGCACUUAGAAGUUUGGCGGCUGACUACCUCAGGAGAAUUCAUCAAGAUGAUGUUGGUGGUCAUAAUUCCAAGGAAGGUGCAAUUGUUUGUAUGGAACUAAUCCUUUGGAAGGUCAAGGAAGACAAUAAAAGGAAAAAAUUGUGA